GACAUGGACGACGCCGCCUGCUGCAGCCCGCUGCGCGUCUACCUGGAGCGCAGGGACGUGGAGCGCCUGCUGGAGAAGAGCCGGCGAGCCUACCUGAGGCUGAAGUCGCAGGACGUCAAGACCAUCCUGCUAGGUUGUGGAUCCUCGGGAAAAUCGACAUUUAUGAAGCAGGUCAGGAUUAUUGAAGAAGGUGGUUUUCAAGAAGCUGAACGAAUGACAUACAAACCAAUAAUUUGCCAAAACAUUAUCUCAGAAGCUCAAAAACUGAUAAUGGCAAUGGAGCUGUAUGGAUUUCCUUAUGAAUUAGAGACAACAGAGGAAUGUGCAAGAAGAAUCAUGGACAUUAAUGUAGGAAAUGUGACUGAAAUGGACGAUGAACUUUUGGCAGCUAUCAGAGAGGUCUGGAACGAUGCGAACGUACAAAUUUGCUACGAUCGUCGAGAUGAGCUAUACCUCCUGGAUUCCACAAAAUAUUACAUGGAGAGGCUCGACAUCAUAGGGGCUGCCGGUUACAUCCCUACAGUGCAGGACGUUGUGAGGUCCCGGAGCCCCACAACCAGCAUCGUCGAGUACAAGGUGCCUGUCGAGAACUACGAUAGGAAGCUCUGCAUUGUAGAUGUGGGAGGACAGAGAACGGAACGACCCAAAUGGCUUCACUGUUUUGAAAACUGUGUCGCAUUUAUAUUUAUAUCGGCAAUAAGUGAAUACAACCAACUGGAUGAACGUGGACAGAAUCGUCUCAGUGUGAGCCUGGCGCUAUUCAGUGUGCUGCUCACCUGCUCGGCAUUCAGAUACGCUUCUGUCAUUGUCUUUCUGAACAAAAUAGACGUUUUUGAUGAGAAGAUAAUGAAAUAUGAUCUGUGCAAUUACUUCCCAGAGUACACUGGACCCAAACAGGAUGCAGAAGCAGCAAAGAACUUUAUUGCAGAUAAGUUCCAGGAGUGCUGUGAAAAGGAAAGGAACGAUGACAACAAGGGUGUUUACAUACGCUACACCUGUGCGACAGAUACAAAAAACAUUGAGGCAGUAUUCUCAACUGUCCGAGAUUUCAUCAUAAAGAAGAUGUUGGAACAGUGCCAUGUCUUCUAACAAUAUUGACAAUUGCAAUGUACUGUUCUGUUGGCUUCCUGGCAAGAGCUGUAAAUAGCAACAAUUUGUUCUCAAAACGUUUCUGAAAUUAUAAAUCCAUAUUAUAUGGUAUUUUAAUUAAUUAGGAAAAUCUAGGAGCAAAUUUAUUGUUUGUCCAUGUAAGAACUGUAAAUAUUAAGGAAGAUAAUCAGUUUUACGAAUUACUGUGA